GACGGCAAGUGACGGCUGUUCAAGGUAGCUUACGUUAGCCAUUCGUCGAUGUACAUUGUAGGGUGCGGUAUGAUAUCUAUUGUACUUUUAGUCUGAUAUGAAAUUGUAGUAAAAUUCUUCUUCGCCACAUCUCCGUCGAUGUUUAUGGAUUGCCAGAAAUUGACGUGUCUUUGAACGGACUUCCAGGUAACGUUACGAAAAUGCCAUUGCAUGGAAAAAUAGUCGUGAUUAAGAGGACUGGAGGAGAUGGGACUGAAUUUCCUCUUACUGCAACGUGCUUAUUUGGAAGGAAGCCUGACUGCGAUAUUCGUAUUCAGCUUCCUCAAGUCUCCAAGGAGCAUUGCAGAAUUGACUUGAAUGAAAAUAAAGAGGUCAUUUUGACAAAUUUGAGCUCAGUGAAUCCAACUCGUGUCAACGGAGAGGCUCUGCAGCAGUCUGAGCGUUUGAAGCAUGGAGAUGUGAUAACUGUUAUUGACCGUUCUUUCAGGUUUGAGUACCCACCAGCACCCACACCAAAGAAGAGGUCUUCCAUAGGAGGCAAAACUGAAACCUUCAAAGUUCUUCAAGAUCAGCAAGUGGGGGACACAGUCACCACUGAAAAAGGAGAAAAGAGGAUCUCUGAAGUGUCCACAGACCCUCAUCUGAAAGAUGGAACUAACCAUGACAACAUCCAGCGAUCCCUGGAGAAUACUGUGGAGGUGGAGUCCAAGGAGGAUGAUAGCCUGCUGCAAAGCAAGACCACCUCCCCCUUCAAUGAUCUGUAUCAAAUGAUCAAAAAAUCUCUGGAUGUCAAGACUCCUCGGAAAUCUUCUGCCAGUCUGCUUCAAACACCUACCUCGAGGUUUUGCACUCCAAAACCUUGUUCAGUCAUGAAAAAUUAUGGAAAACCUGUCAUUUCCACAGAAGACAAGAGCACUCCUAAGAAGAAUGAAACUAAAGUCUCUCUUGGAGCAGGUGAAACUGAGGGGGAGGCUGGAAGAAUAAGUAAUGGGACCCCAAAGUCUGUUAAGAAGCAGAGGAAGUCCUUCCAGGUUCCUUCCACCGAGAUGGCCAGACCCGAAGCUGAAAAUGCUGCCAAGUCUGAAGCAACUUCACCCCAGAAGAGAAACCGUGCAACCCCUCCGAGGUUUACUGUAUGUGAGGUUAUUGAGCAAGUUUCCACUCAACUUCUCAAGUCACCUAUGAGGAGGAGAAGCAAGGAGGCCACGCCAACCAAAUCUGCAGUGACUAAGGAGCAAGAAGAGCAAGUAGUGACUUCUCCCAAAACACAGCAUCUUCGAAAGGCAUCACCAAGGAACUCAGGAAAAGCUGAAAAAAUGACAGAGACAUCCAAAAAACGCAAAAGUGGAGAACUUGCGGCCGACUUGCCCAUAUCACAAAUGAAGAGGAAACGGGUUUCCUUUGGAGGUCACCUGAGUCCUGAGUUAUUUGACAAACGACUGCCUCCUGACUCUCCAUUACGCAAGGGGGCUGCUCCGCGGAGAAGCUUGUGUCUGUCUAAACCCAACCAGUCGCUCCUUAGACGAGCAUCGGUCAUCGGCUUGAUAAAGUUUGAACAAGAGCAUCCAGAUGAGCAAAUUAUGCAAUGUCCUGCAAAAAUGAGGACUCCAUUGCCUAAGAAGUCAUCAAGUGCCAAGAAUGCUUCUCCCAAGGCUGCAUCUCCAGCAAAGAAGUCGCCAAAAUCCAGGACCCCUUCUCCCAAGGCUGCAUCUCCAGCAAAGAAGUCGCCAAAAUCCAGGACCCCUUCUCCCAAGGCUGCAUCUCCAGCAAAGAAGUCGCCAAAAUCCAGGACCCCUUCUCCCAAGGCUGCAUCUCCAGCAAAGAAGUCCCCAAAAUCCAGGACCCCUUCUCCCAAGGCUGCAUCUCCAGCAAAGAAGUUCCCAAAAUCCAGGACCCCUUCUCCCAAGGCUGCAUCUCCAGCAAAGAAGUCGCCAAAAUCCAGGACCCCUCCUCCCAAGGCUGCAUCUCUAGCAAAGAAGUCGCCAAAAUCCAGGACCCCUUCUCCCAAGGCUGCAUCUCCAGCAAGAGGAUGGUCCCCCUUCAGAAACAAAGUAGAAACUCCUAAGGCCAAUGGACAGCCUAAGAAUCAAUGCAAGUCUGUCACACCUGGAGUCCAGACCCCCACAGUACAAGGGCGCUUCUCUGUGUCACGCAUCAGCACACCAUCUCCAAUUGCAGGUGAUGCUGUUACUGACCAGGUGCCUUUAGUCACUCCUAAAAUACCCCUGAGGAGGAAGAGCACCUCACGUAAGACUCAAAGUACGGCAAAGAGCGCUGUGAAAGUAAUGCCUAGAAGAAGUGGCAUUUCACGGGCAUCUAUGAAACUCUGGGCAGAUGUUGUGAAAUUUGGGCUGCCUAAGGCUCAAGUGGCUGCUCCAGCUAAAAAAAUAGUCGCCAAAAAGACAACGAAGAAGACUGUGUCCAAACCACAGACCCCUGCAAGAGAACUCAAGGGCCAUGUCAGCACUGGACAUGCAAAUUCACCUGUUACCAUUGUUUUGAGCAGAGCUCUCAUUCAAAAGGUUGUACAGCCAACUGGUGCUGCACCAAGACUGGUAACCAAUACUGCACUCCUUAAAAAGAACAUGAAAAUGGAUGAGGACUUGACUGGAGUUUCUGAAAUGUUUAAAACCCCUGUAAAUGAAAGGAUGAGGAGAUCUGUUAUCAAUGACACAAGUGCCAUGAAGACACCAGUGGGAGGUCUUGGCACAUCUGUGGUAGAACCAUCAAUGUUGAACACACCAGAGGAGCCAGGCGAAAUGAUGGUUUCACCACUGAGUGUUUCAUCAUCAGUGAAAGACACAAACUACAACAGCGAGGCAGUCCAACGCCUCCUCCAAGAAUCUAGCUUCGUCAGUGACAUCCCUGCUUUGGAGACUAACUCUGAUUCUAGUGAACAGCAGUGCACAGAUUUGAAGACUACCUCUGUAACAACUCCCAAACAGAAGCCUGAAUUACCGGAGUGUCUCACUGGAGUGAAGAGGAUCAUGAUGACGCCAAGACAGAAGGCUGAGGCUAUUGAGGACUUGAGAGGGAGACUUCUGAGAACUCCUAAACAGAAGCCUGAACUGCAGGAGUGCCUCACCGGAGUAAAGAGGAUCAUGAAGACCCCAAGACAGAAAGCUGAGCCUGUUGAGGACCUGAGAGGGAAGAUUUUGAAAACUCCUAAGCAGAAACCUGAACCGCAGGAGUGCCUCACCGGAGUAAAGAGGAUCAUGAAGACCCCAAGACAGAAAGCUGAGCCUGUUGAGGACCUGAGAGGGAAGAUUUUGAAAACUCCUAAGCAGAAACCUGAACCGCAGGAGUGCCUCACCGGAGUAAAGAGGAUCAUGAAAACCCCACAAUGUGAGGCUGAACCUCUCGAAGACCUUCAAGCAAAACUUCUGGAAACUCCCAAAGUUCUAGAGGCUGGUGAUGUGAGUUUGGAUGGUGUUAAGGAACUUGUUGAGACACCAGCACACAUGCAAGAAUCUGAAGACCUAUCUCAAAUGACAGACAUGAAAACUCCAAACAUGAAGAGCUCCCCAUUGGUAUGUCUCACGGGUAUCAAGAGAAUAAUGAAGACACCCAAGGAAAGAAGUGCUCCAGUUGAAGAUAUGGAUGGCGUGAAGAGCCUCAUGAAAACUCCUAGAGAUGAGAAUGAACCUCUUGAGGAGAACUUGAGUAUUAAUUCACCAGUGGAAGACUUUGAGGGACUUCAAGAGCUCGUGGAGGAGCCACUGAUUGAUCCCACAGGACAGCUGGAGACAAAUGAGGUUGAAGAUCAAACGCCUCUGGAUUGUGGUGGAGACGUUGCAAAAGAACUAGACUUUGCCCAUGAGGAGCCACAAGACGAUGUGCCAUCAGAUGUGAUCGAUGUGCCCCAAGUUGAGAUGGGAAAGGAAGCAGAUGCAAAUGAAGUUAUUGAUGACCAUUUAGAGGAGGUGCCAAAUGGACACGAUGAUAAUGAAUCAUCAGAUGCCAUGGAAACUAUCUCUCAAGCAACUAUAGAUGAGAAUUUAUCUGUGGAAGAACCUGAAGUGGAGGCUGCUACUGGCAAAGUCACAGACAUGGAAACUGCUGGAGAUCCUGACCAUGAAAAGAAAUCUGUUCGAGGCAGAAGGGCAAAAACAGUGGAAUCUAAAGCAGCUGAGGAUAAACAGGAGGCAACAGAACAUUCUGAAGAUCCUGUCGUCCCUGCUCCAAUCAGAGGAAGAAGAGGGAAGAAAACUGAAGCUAUUGCAGCACCUGCUGUUAGACAAACGACAAGAAGCAGAAAUGCAAAGACCACUGAAGGCAGGGAUGUUGACCUCACAACGGAGAAAAGUGCUCUGCCUCCCAAAGUUGCCCUUAAGCCUAAAAGAGGAAGAAAUGCCAAAAAAGCAUCUACUGAUCAAGCUGAAACUGUCCAAGAGGUUGCCACUGAAACUGAAAUGGUGCCACCUGAGAGUGAACAGAGUCCCCCGGUUGAUGUAGCAAAUGAGAGUGCAGCACCCCUGGAGAAGGCCGUGUUGAAGCCCAAGCGAGGUCGAAAAGCUAAACAACCUGAACAGUCGGUGCCAGAGCAGCAAGAUUUGCCUUGUACUCGCAAUGGUGAUGUUCCCCAAGCUGACCUAGCAAAAGCAUAUGCAAAUGAAGUCUGUGGUGACCAGCUGGAGGCGGUGCCCAAUGGAAGUGACGAAAAUAAAUCAUCAGAUGCCAUGGAAACUGUUCCCCAGGCACCUGUAACUGAGAGUGUACUUGAAGUGGAGACUGCAACUUGCAAAGUCACAGAAAUGGAUGCAGCUAUUGUUCAGAAGAAAUCUGUUCGAGGCAGAAGGGCGAAACUAAUGGAAUCUAAAGCAGCUGAGGAUAAACAGGAGGCAACAGAACAUUCUGAAGAUGCUGUCGUCCCUGCUCCAGUCAGAGGAAGAAGAGGGAAGAAAACUGAAGCUACUGCAGCACCCGCUGUUAAACAAACGACAAGAAGCAGAAAUGCAAAGUCUCAAGAAAGUACCUCUGAUCAACCUGAAAUAGUACCAGAUAAUGCUGUGGAAACAACACUGGUUUCCACUGAAGCUGCGAGUGACCAGACUUCUCCUAUAAAUACCCAUCAAGAAGAAGAUUAUCCUGCAGAGGAAGCUGUUGUGAAGACCAUUAGAGGGAGAAAAACUAAACAAACACCUGUUGAGCCACCUCAACUAGAGCCAGAGAAAAAUGAAGUUGUGAAUGACAAGCAUCUGAUGGCUCAACCUCAAAAGUCCAUCCCUACUCUUGGAAAACCUAGAAGAGGGAGAAAGACAAAACCUGAUACUGUUGAACAAAAUGACGUGGCAGAAGACACCGUUGUUACUGUGGAGACCAAGCAGCAGUCUCUGCCUCCAGUCAGGGCUAAGAGGGGAAGAAAUGCCAAACAGGAAGAACAAAAGCUAGAGAACGAUGGCCAGACUACUUCAGUUGAGACUACUAAACCCCAGGAGCCGGUUAAAAAAUUGAGAACCAAGAAGGCAGAGCAAGACUAUGUAGAACCAAGGGAAGUCCAAACCGUUGACAUGGUUGUCCCAGAGGAGGCUGAAGCUCCACUUGUUGCUGAGCCAGUUAAGAUGAAUGAACAUGCUACCGUGGCUGCAAAACCCAGAAGAGGAGGGCGAAAAGCAAAACAAGACACUGAGAGUGAAACCCCUGUCGAAUCCACUGAGGUCCAAGAGGUCCCUGCUGUCAGCGCCACAGACAAACUCAAACGGGGUAGGAGAGGAAAACAAGUUACUGAAGAGGUUGGAGUCACUACUGUAAUAUCAGAGGAAAAACCUGACCAUGAGCUGGAAGCUGAAGAGAAGAAUAACACUGAGCCAGAUGAGUCAGUCAUUAAACAUAGCAGGGCAAGAGGGGGGAGAACUGUGAAAAAUGAAGUUUCACAAGCCAUUCCAGCCAAGAGAGCCCGUCGAGGUGCAGCUCUUCCCCUUGAGGAGACCAAUGCAAAAUCAGCGGUCCUGGUUUCAGAGUCUGCGUCAACUUCAUUACAGCCAGUGAAGAAGGGGGGACGUGCAGCAGCAAAGCCCGCAACAGAAGAUGUCAGUGACCAGGCAAAUCCCACUGAAGACUUACGCAGUGCUGUUGUGGACAUAAAAAUGUCCAAAAGAUCUGUGAGGUGGAAAUCAGACUUGCAAGUCUCUGAGAUUUCAAAAGUAACACCUGUAAAGGCAGUCCGAGGCAGGAAGUCAAAACUUGGACACCAAGUUGACACUGAAAGCAAAAAUGUGUCAAAGGAUGGCAACAAAACUGAAGAGAAGGAACUCUCAGAUGAAGUUGUCGAAGCUCAGCCCGUCAAGAGAGCAAGGCGAGGAAUAAAGGUCGCUGAUGUAACCGCUGGCGAAGCAGUGUCCACAAGCAAGGUGAAAAGUGUUGCCGCUGAGGCACAGCCAAAAACCCGAAGUGGAAAAUCAGUAAAGAAAUAAAAGCAUUUGUAUAUGUUCUUAAUCAUAAUUAUUUUUUUCCUUCUAUUUUUGAAACAGUCAUUUUUUAGGUUGAUUGUAUGGCAUUUUAGAAAGAAGUUUUAUAGACUGAAAAUGAAGCACUGCUUUUUUUUCCAAUGCAGCAGGGAAUCUUGUUUUAACCAUUUAUGUUGUGACAAGUUGUGUUGUCCAUUACUUUGCAAAUAUUUUUUAUGUUGAAAGAAGUGGUUAUUAAAUUUCUUUGUACAAUGGGGAAAAAA